AUCAACCUCCUCCCUCCUAUAACAACUCCGCCGCGCCCACCUCCACUCGCCGGUAUCGUGUUCUCGUUCACGCGCACCCCAUUCCCCCGACCUCCGAUGCCGGAGCGCCGCAACGUAGCCGGAGAUCCGCCGUACUGGUGAUCCCCGGAUAACAACGAUGGACCGCCUCCUGCUGUCCCGCCCCCCGAUGCCCACCCCCGUCCGCGGCACUGCCACGGCCACAGAUGGCGACCUCCUCGAGCUCGACGUCCUCUGGCCCGCCUCUUCAGCUCCCGGACUCCUCGCCGCGCUUCCCGAUGACGAGGCUAAGAAGAAGCAGAAGCGAACGGGCGGCCCUGCCUUCCGAUCCGCCGCCCGCGCCGUCCCGGAGAAGGCCGCGUUGACCCCGUCUUCGGCGGCGAGGUCGGCUCCGGUGCGCAUACCUUCGGAUGCUGCGGCGCGGAGAGAGAGGUGGUCCCACGUCGUGGUCGGCGGCGACGACGGGGACGCCAUGGUCCCGCCGCACGAGAUCGUGGCGCGGCGCGCGGCAUCACACAGCUCGGUGCUGGAGGGAGCCGGGAGGACGCUCAAGGGCCGUGACCUCCGCCGUGUGCGCAACGCCGUCCUGCGCCGCACCGGCUUCCUCGACUGAGAGGCGGAGUAAUAACUCAUAAGACAAGGACGCAAGGUGCUUGGAUUAUAUCCAUCAAGAUACAGCUAUUCAAAUAGCCUUAUCUCAUUGCUAUCUUAUCCUGUGGAAUAAAGAUGUUUUUGCCCGGUCACUUCAAAAAAUUGGUAUCUAAUGAAGCUUUUGAGAGAACUGACGAGGUUACCCUCAGCUCAAAGCUAUCACUAGUCUAGUGCAAUAUGCUUUGUUGAUUUCCUUUUGUUAAUAAAAAGCAAUGUUUUAAAUAGCGGGCUAUGACAAAUUGCGGUGGGCCUCUAAAUCAGCUAUAGCGGCAUAUUUGUACAUGAUACCAUUUAACGGCACCCUGUUGAAAAGGCUAUAGCCCCGCUAUAGUCGGCUAUUUAAAACUAUGAUAAAAAGUGAUACCAUCAACAAAUAAUUGAUUAAUUUGUAGUAAAUUAUCAUUGGAAUUUAUUUAUUCCAAGGACAUGAUUACCCAAGUACCCAUUGCUACAGAGAUUGAAUUUUU